AUGAAUUCACAUGAAAAUAGCGAAGAUAUUAUUGGGAGGAAAGUUGAUCGCUGCAUUUCAGAUGUGCUAAUUAAAACAGGUGCUGGUGUUUCCGUUGGUAUAAUCGUCUCUGUUUUAUUUGCUCGACGUCGACUCUGGCCUCUGAUAUUCGGCGUCGGAUUCGGACUUGGUAUGGGAGUUUCAAACUGCAAUAGUGAAUUCAAGCAACCACUGCCCUUGCAAUCCCACAUCAUCAAAGUCCAGAAGAAAUCCGGUUGA